GAGCGCCGUUCCUGGCACCGAGUCAUAGUAGGAGCAUAGAUGGUGGGUGGGAAGGCAUCACUUAUUCUCAUCAUCGUGCAGAAGUUGGGAUGUUUAGCAUCCCUGAGCUCAUGGGUGAACAUGGAUAUGUUGCAAUUAUUCUAAUUCAAGAAAGCCUUCAGAAUGUGACAGCUACACAUAUCUCGUGAGGAGUGCACUAUGGCUUGUUUGGUCAACCUAUUAGUAUUAUAAUAUUUUGUAAUGAUGUCAUAAAAAGAGAAAACCAAAUGGAACUCAAGUAAUUGGAAAUACAUGUAAAAUGGACUUAUACAACUGGAGUAUCAAUAAAUGAAAAUCACUAGUGCCUGUUUGUUUAGCAUUAGACUGUUCAUUUGUAUCUUCAAAGUGGCUAUAACUACCAAUCUCUGACACAAGAGGAGUAGUACCAAACGGACCAGUUGGGGCUUUACCCCCGUCACCUCCCAUCCCCUGGCUCCUUCUUGAUCAAGUCUCGCCAUCAGCAUCACCGCAAUGUCUGGGUCGAAGCCUUCCACUCCCAACAACAGCAGCGGAGGUCAGCAGAACCUGUCCCAGGAGCAGAUCAUCACAGGCACCAGGGAGGUGAUCAAGGGUCUGGAACAGCUCAAGAAUGAACAUAAUGACAUCCUUAACAGCCUCUACCAGAGCCUCAAGAUGCUCAAGAAAGACCAACCAGGUGAUUCCAACCUGGUGGAGGAAAAGACUGAUAUCAUCGAGAAGUCCCUUGAGAGUCUUGAGCUUGGUUUGGGUGAGGCUAAGGUGAGUCUUCAUAAACAUUUCAUUGGCACUUUAAAAAGGAGAUCUCUAUUGCAUUUAAAGUUUGAAAAUGAGGAGUUAAGUGCAGUGACCUCAGUAGUGCUGUACUAGCAUGUAACUUUGAGGUUUGGAAUAAAGUCUGCGCAGUUGCCUUUGGUAAGGCAGUUGUUUCUAGAACCGAUUCCUACAUUGUGGAAUCAAUCUCCUGGAACCAGGAAUGAUCGAUAUACUGGUAUAUUUCUAAAAGGUAUUAUUAUUAGAACAUGCAUUAUGCUAGUGAUUUGAAAAACAAAGUCAAAUGCAAGAUGAAGAUUGGUGCCUGUAAAACUAGGAAAUCAUAAAAAACAUGCAAGUUCACUUGCCAGUGAUGUUUAUCAAACCGUGGAUGACCUAGCUUAACCUCAACAGAAAUAGUUAUUAGAUAUUGUUGAAACUGAAAAAAGUAAAUCUUAUACCCUUCUGCUGUGCUACUUUCUUGAGCUUAGAAUUAUAUUUAAUAAAGUGUCGGAUGAUCUCAAAGUUGAGGAUGCUUUGAAGAGCGUAUAAUCAAAUCAGAAGAUAUAUUCCUAUUGAUUUGGAGCGACCCCAAUAAACAGUGUCAUAUGGUGCCAACAUGCUCCAGUAUUGUGGCGACUGAGAUAAUAGCCAAGAGGCACUGAACCUACCACAGGGGUAUUCAGUCCUUUCACACAAUAAUCAAUAUCCAUAUUCAAUAAAAGCUGUGACAGUAAACCAUGAAUUUCUAAUACAUGUAUACAUACAUCCAGACACCUACUCUGACCACCUUCUCCACUUGCAGCUUGAGAGGUAGAGCCAGUUCCAGAUUGAAAACUCUUUGUAGCUGCCGGCCUACAUGUAUGUUGUGUACUUGGUUAUUGAAGAACCAAGUGUCAGAAUAGUGUGUGCUUUCACACAGUUGAAGCAGUUUCUAUUAUACAACCUUUGCUUUUAAAAAUAACCCCCCCCCCCCAAAAAAAAAAAGGAAACAAAAAAAAAAGAUGCCAAAUGUUCUUUGGUGAUUCAUUGAUAGAAUAAAUGUAUAGUAGUAAGAGUUCUUUUUUUUUAGAAUUGGUAAGAUAUAGCCACAGCGCAACUUACAGAAUAAAUGUGGAAAUGGUCUUUUGAUAGGGGCUUUACUGUAAUAUUAUCUUUUUGUUUUAAGAAGAAAUGAAUCUACAUGUAGACCGAAUGCCGCUCUGCUGUGCUCACAUGAAGUACAAAAUAUUAAAGCCAAGGGAUGCAUGAGUACAUUUGCUCAGUUUCUAAUUUUAUUAGCUUUAUUUUCAUUAUUGUAUUAGUUUCAGGUUCCAGAGUCCAUGCAUUGAUUGUUAGCUUUGUCUCCUGAGCAAGAUUUAUUGCUGUACUUCUUGACCUUAUACACGUACAGUAUGUUCCUUCUGCUUCUAUAGAUAAACUUUGUAAACUCUGAAUUUCCUUCUCGGCCAAGAAGAUCAAGAUCUGGAUUUUAUAUUUACAUUUGAUAUUUUAAGAAUCACAUAAAAUGAUGUGUUAUGUGGAGAAAGAACAAAUCAUAUGAGAGUAAUAAGAAAAUUAACCAGGGUGGAUGCCCAAUAACCACCCACUUCAUUUUGUUUGUCUGUAAAGGUGCAAAUGUACAUUGUACAUGAAAGCAGAGUGACUGGUGUCAUUUUGGAUUGGCCUAAUAAAUAUGAAAAGUUUGAACCUUAAUUUUUUUGCCAAAGAAAUUAAAUUUUGUAAUUUUUGUACGUACUUUGAGAGUUUCAAACUAUUUAUCUUUCACAUUUUCAGUCUUCAAACAUUUUGAUAUAACAAUUGUAGUGAAAAAAAAAAAUCUUGUGAUUUUGCAAACAGGUUUAUUUCUUCUCUGCCAGUUGGGCCGACCACUGCCGUCCACUGUAGCUAUAACACCACUGAAACAAUAUUUUCAAAUAUGUAAAAGGCCUACAUGUAUAUAACAAUAAUUGAAAGAAAAUUAAUACAAUUAAUUAAUCAAAAUUAAUUAAAAUAUUAAAAAUCAACACAACAGUAUACAUGUUCCAUUUGUAGUGCAUACUUUAAUAUUCGUUCUACUGUACUGACACAGAUGUUUGUAGUUAAACUACAUACAUGUAAAUCUGUGUCACUAGUUUUCCCCUGUUCAGGAAAAACAUGCAUGUCAAAGGAAAACAGAAGGAGGAAAUCCCAGCUAAAGACUUCCAGUAUUCAAUGAUUUAUUUUUCUCUUUGAGGCAUUGACUAUACAUUGCUGAAAUUGAAUGUGGAAACAUAGUAUAUUUCACAGUUGAUCGUGAAUGAAUAUUGCAUAAUUGACAAAUACAUGUAGGCCUACCUGCAUGUUGGCAGACUGUUUGUACAUUGUCCUUUAGAUAAUACAGUGCAUGUGAUUUACAGUGAAACUUACAUGAGAGCAGUAGAGCUUACUUGUAUACAGUAAAUGUAGGCCUACUAUGGGUCUGCUUGUUGAAACUCCAGUUAUGCUGGUUUCUAUAGAGUAACUAUUUAUUAAAUUAAAUCUCUAUUUCUAGUA